UCUCCCUUCAACUCGCUUUCUCCGCCCACGUCUCUCUCAUACACGCAUCGCCAUGGCGGAGGAAGCCCAAAGUAAAGCACCCGACGCUCCCCCCGCCGCCGAGGUCGUCGUCCCUGAGGCCCCUGCCGAUGAGAAGGCGCCUAUACCCGUCCCUGAUGCAGCUUCCGUUGAGGAGGAACCCAAGAAGCUCGCAGACUAUGUGGUCGAGGAGACCGCAUCCGAGGCUAAGGAGAAGAAGCCCGAGGUAGCAGAGGGGGAAGCCCCUGCUGAGAUCAACGUCGUCUCUGAAGCGAUCGAUCCCGAAAAGAAGGCACUUGAUGAGCUCAAGCUGCUCGUCCAGGCCGCCCUGGCCAACGGUGAAUUCGUCCCUCCGCCACCUCCCCCUCCCCUUCCUGCCAAGGUGGAGGAGCCUAAACCUGAAGAUUCUUCGCCUACUGCGAAGGAGGAUCCCAAGGCUGAGCUGGAGGAGGCCCCAAAGACAGCAGAGACGGACGCUCAGGCUCCGCCUCUAGAGGCGCCCGUCGUAGAGGAGCCUCCGAAGCCAGAGGAAGCUGCAAAGGAGCCUUCGAAGCCGUCGGUCGAGGAGCCUGCUCCACCAGUAGAGGAGGAGCCUUUACCUACCCCACCGUUGCCUGUCGAGGAAAAGGCUGUUGCGGCCGAGGAUGAUGGUGCGAAGACCGUCGAAGCCAUAGAAGAGACGGUCAUCCCCGUCGUCCCUGUUCCUCUGGAGAUUCCUGCUGAGACCCCUGCUCCGGAGGUCACUCCGGAGGCGGAGGAUGCAGCUAAGCAGCCACCAUCUGAGACCCCUGCGCCACCACCGGCUGAGCCUCCGGAGGAAGUCUUCAUCUGGGGUGUUCCUCUUCUCAGCGAUGAGAAGAGCGAGACCGUCCUCCUCAAGUUUCUCCGUGCCCGGGAGUUUAAGGUGAACGACGCCCUGACGAUGCUCAAGAACGCUGUCAUCUGGAGGAAGCAAUUCGACAUUGAGGCCCUCCUCGAGGAGGAUCUCUGCCUUCCGGAGCUAGAGAAGGCCGUAUUUAUGCGAGGCUUCGACAAGGAGGGCCACCCGGUGUGCUACAACGUCUACGGGGAGUUCCAAGAUAAGGAGCUCUACGAGAAGGCCUUUGGCGAUGAGGAGAAGAGGCAGAAGUUCCUCAAGUGGAGGAUUCAGUACCUGGAGAAGGGAAUCCGAGAACUCUUGGACUUUACUCCUGCUGGCAUCUCCUCCAUGGUUCAGGUGACCGAUCUCAAGAACACACCGCGACUCGGGAAGCAUCGCCAGGCCACUAAAAAGGCGGUAACCCUAUUGCAGGACAACUACCCUGAGUUCAUCGCCAAGAAGGUUUUCAUCAAUGUUCCAUGGUGGUAUCUGGCCUUCAACCGGAUGCUGAGUCCCUUCUUAACCCAGAGGACCAAGAGCAAGUUUGUCUUCGCAGGGCCUUCUAGAUCAGCAGAUACUCUAUUCAAAUACAUAGCACCUGAACAAGUUCCAGUUGCAUUUGGAGGCCUGAGCAAGGAAAAUGAUCCAGAUUUCACUACAGUUGAUUCUGUCACUGAGGUUACCAUCAAGCCCUCUUCCAAGCAAUCCAUUGAAAUACCAACUACUGAGGCAACUGGGUUAUUAUGGGAACUCCGAGUCUUGGGUUGGGAUGUCAAUUAUGGUGCCGAGUUCGUUCCUAGCACAGAGGGAGGAUACACAGUGAUCAUUGAAAAGAAUAGGAAGCUCAUUGCCACGGAUGAGCCUGUGAUCAAAACCUCUUUUAAGAUUGGUGAGCCAGGAAAAGUGCUUCUUAACAUCGAAAACCUGACAUCCAAGAAAAAGAAGCUACUCUACAGAUUCAAGACCACAAGUUCCAUCGAAUCCACAUAGAUAACUCAUCUGUCAUCUGCCCUUCAUUCCAUUUGUUGAAAUCAAAGAAAUAAAAAAGAACUAGGAAGAUGUGGGUCACUUUGGUUGAUAAAAGUUUUUCUUUCUCCUUUGUUAUUGGUGUGGUAUUGGUUUGAUCAUGGGAGUGACAUUAUAUUUGUUUAAUUAUGGGUUGCUGUUGUAGUUAGAAACUUAUGCUACUUUCAAUAUCAUUGUAAAUGCUGUGUACAUUUGUUUCUAAACUGUUUCCUGCAAUAUGGUUUGACUCAUCUCAAA